AUGUUCACUGCAUGCGGUCAGAAAGACUUUCACCGAACACGAGCGAAGUAUCGAGAAGAGUUCCCACACGAAACCUCUCUUGAGGUUUUUACCAUUGGUGAUGACGACGAUUACCGCAUGGGCCACGUGAAACACGGGGCACCUCCAGUGUUUGAACCGCUCGAGAUGGACUCUACGCAUACUUUCCCACAUGAAGAAGAAAAGUAUCCGGAAGGAUACGAUUACGAAAGCACAGAUCAUUGUUCGCUGUUUUCUUGGAGAAACCCAUGGCUACCGUCAAUCGUUGUAUCAAUCUCUUGUACCGCCCCCGUUUUGAUUGGGUUAAUCCGUUUAUUCUACGAUCUUAUUGGCAGAAUAUGGGUAGUCACCCCUUUUGCUUUGCAUCUGCUUGGAGCGCUAGCCUUUGCUUUGUAUUCCAUUCCCGAUGAGCUCAAACUGCUUGACGCCGCACCAAACCAGCUUCUUUCCGGUUUUCAUUUUGUUGUUGAUGCCACUCUUUUUGGUCAGAAUAUGUGCAGUGUAUUCUUUCGGUUCCUUGAGAUCAAGAUGUCCCAUGCUCCUUCUUCCAUUCCAACGUACGCUACUGAGCUCUACACAGCAAAUGCGAGUUCGGCACUUUCUUCGAACGUUUCUUGGCGCCGUGUGUGCAAGUGCUAUGGUAUUGACCGCGUGGUGUGCUCUUUCAGUGGCAAUUCACUUUCUACUGGCUGGAGAGUCAAUCUAAAAGGAAACGUACUGCCGCGACUGAAAGGUAAUCUUGCCAUAAACCCAGCGUUUUUGAACGAGCUAGAUGGUUUUUCGACGAUGGCGCCGAUACUAUUUUAUAUCGAAGGAUUGAAAGAAGCCCAUGAAGCUGGAGUAGGAGAAUUGCUGGGAGCAGACGGCAUUGAAAAUUCAAUCAGCGCCCAAUCUAUAACGUUGCUAUUGAACGUCGACACGCUCGAUCUGGUUCACCAUAGUACAGAAGUCGACUACCUCGAUGCAGAAAGACCUCUCAUCCUUGUCUUUCCCUCGGAGCCCUUGCGCCACGGCUCUCACUAUGCAUUGGCCGUUUGGAAUGCUACCGGAGCAAAUGGUGUUCCGCUGCCUCCAAAAGCAGGCUUGACUGCUGUAUUGAAUGAUUCGAGCAACAUGCGGUAUGAGCACUUCCACGACGUUCUAAUCAAAGCGUUCGAAAAAUCUGUACCCUGGUUUUCUUUUGGUUCCAACCCCUCCGCUUUACAACUGAUGUUUGACUUUCAAACCAUCAGCGAAGGCAGUCAGUUGGGAGCAGUAAGAUCAGUUCGCGAUGGGACACUCCGGCAGAUCCGGUCUUUAAACUGGGGCAGCUGGACGAACCACGUAAGAACGAAUCGAAUUCUGGAUUACGAUUGCACAGUUCAAGAUACUCACUUGGCACGAACAAUACAUGCCGAACUUGAUGUCCCGUGGUAUUUGUCGACGUAUGGCUCUGGGCAGAGAGGUGCUGUUCUUGAUCCUCAUGCCAUUCUAAGCGGAAUCCCUGUUGUUACCCGCCCUACGAAAUUUGUCGUCCAUAUACCUUGCUCCAUUCGAUCGGCAAUCCUCUUCGGAAACGAAACAAGCAACAUACGUGCUGUAAUGGAGUUUGGUCACGGCAUUUUUUACAGUCGGGCAGAAGCGGCCAAUGACUUCCUUCAGCAGAUGGCCCAUGAGAAUCGAUACAUUAUAACAGCGAUGGACUGGCGCGGUAUGUCAGCCUUCGAUCUUUUUACAAUGGCGAAAACCUUACUUUCUACUCCUGAGCUUUUUCAAUCCAUUCGGGAUAACCUCAUUCAAGGUUACGCGGCAAAAUAUGCUCUACAAGAGUUUAGCAGAGCGUGUUUGUGGUCAAUGGAAUGGUUUUCCUUUGGUCGGGAAGUAGUAAAGGAAGAUAUUAUGGCUCUAACGGAAACAACCGCGUACGUUUUCUACGGAAUAUCACAGGGAGGAAUUCUCGGUGCCGGCUAUUCUACACUGUCGGGUCCGACCGGACUGAUCGAUCGUGGAAUAUUAAGCGUUCCGGGAACUCCUUUUGCACUUAUUCUGUCUCGAUCUCUUGACUUCCAGGGGUAUGAUGCACUACUGUUGCUGAAUUUUUACAACAACCGCCAUGUCCGAAUAUAUCUGUCUCUAGUACAAAUGGCUUGGGAUUCUGUUGAAGGAAGUGGGGCACUAGCUCCACCGAUACGUGAGUCUUUUCCACGUAUUUUGCUUCAAGCAGGACUUGGAGAUGCCGUUGUUUCUACCGUCGCAGCCGAAUCGCUGGCGCGAGCCUUUGGAGCAUCGACACUACCAGGGAAUCCUCGAAGAGUGUUCGGCGUUCCAGUUAAUCUUCCAUCCAAUGCAACCUGGGCUGGUCCCAACGUCACACUAACUGAACUACUCUACGAAAAGGAUUUGAUGAGUCUUCCUGCCGACGACGUCUUUCCUCGUGGUAACUCGGUGCAUUUUUGUGUCAGAAAAGACGCCGCUCUGAUCAAUCAACUUUGUGAAUUCAUAAACACAGGUCGUGUUGUCGACCCAUGCGCGGACGAUGGUUGUCGUCGCCCCCGAGCGAUGUGUUAGUAAUGAUCUAAAAUGAAGAUCAUCGCACUUGCAGCAAAGAAAGCAGGAAAGACGCCGCUCUGAUCAAUCAGCUUUUUGAAUUCAUAAAAAAGGUCGUGUUUUC